AUGCCUGAUAACCUUACCGUCUACAACGCCCACAAUGGCGAGCUGGUCCAGCUUGCCAAACCUGUGCGCUACCACACCCUUGCCAGUUUCAAGGACUUCCUCCUAGAAACCUUCACAAAGUAUACGAUAACAGCCCAUGAAAACAUCUUCUUGCUCACGUCAUUUGGUAUGAAAGUGAACUAUGGCUCUAUCAACGAGAUGUCGGAGGUUUACGUGUUUGACAAGCGUCUUUUCAAUGCAUCCCGAGAUCCGGCUUUGGUGCUGCGGUAUUUGCUGAACAGUGACGAUGACAGUUACAUGCUCUUGAAACCAACGGCAUUCUCCGUGCCUGAGACUCUGCAGAAUGUGAAGGUCCUCUCUCUGGCCCUCAGAACAUACGAGACGUGGGUCAAUGCUCGUCUCCUGGGUGCUGGGCGCAUAGAGGAGCUGAUUGAGCAGGUGAUACGCCACAUCAACACCAUAUUCAAGUCAUUGAGCGUGUUGUUUCAGUUUGCUGCCAAGUUCGUCAGUUGCACAGAGAAAAACUUCGACAACUACUUCAAUUACGUCAAGAACCUCAAUCAGAAAUCUUUGCAUACGUCAUGGCAGGACCACUACGAUCGCCUCAAGAAAUUCCCCCGCCUAACUUUCAAGCUGGCCCCUGCGAAGUCGCUAGCUCUUGUGGAUUUUCUCGAUCUAAAAUCGUUGGAAGAGGCUGCUGCCUUCGUGGAAGAAACUUUGCCCGAAAUUGUAGACGCAUUUAAUCGGUUUUCGGAAACGGUCAACAAGAUUAAUCAGGAAAAGCUAGACAUCGAUGGUACCAUUGAAGAGCUACGCAAGGAGUCCAUGACGAAGUUUCAGGCCUGUGAGAGCUCUAAGCUCGCGAAGGUUGAAGAGAUUAGCUCGAUGGGCAAAAGUAUUCGUUCUGAACUUGAAAUCACAACGAACUCGAAUACUUCGGAUCUUUCGAAGUUAUACUCCAAGCAAAUGGAUGCUUCGAAGACGCUUUACUCACAGAUUGAUGCUUUAUUCCAGCUCCUAGAGUCAUUGUAUGUGUUCAAGAAGAAGCUAGUCAACAGGAGUUUGUCGAUUUUUGAGAAAAUUGCGUCUUUGCAAAUGCAGACAGUCAAUCUUAAGACAGAUAUGAAGAGAUUGUUACUUCCAACAGAGCAGGGCGAAAAUACCAACGAAAGCUCUACGCUCAAUCACGAAUCUAUCGAGAAAAUUCGUCAAGCGGGAGAUCACCUCUCCUUGACGGUCGAUUUGCCCCUUUUAUAUGGGUUUCUCCUCAUAGAAAAGCGUCGGCAGUAUGAGUGGCAUGAUUUUUACUCAAGAGGUGUUGUAAGCAAUGUCUCUGAGCAGCUUACUGUACUAAUAGAGCAUGAGAAAGCAUUUCAGAAACUAUGGCUCAAAAAGUUCGGUGUGUUUCUUAAGUAUCUCGCCACCCCCGGUACAUUUAGAGUUCAACUCCCAACGAUCGAUGUGACUCUAGUCAAUGGUGAUUACGCAGCCCGCACGGAUUCUGUCACUGAAAUCAUUGCUGAUGUGAUGGUGGAGCGGGAAGAUGUCACGAACUACAUUAAUACGAUUAAAGAUCACUCAUCCACUAACGGUGCUGCUUUCUCCAGACUUCUCGAGAAGAAUUUCAAGGAUCUUGUCAGAUCAACUGAUGGAUUGAAGCGAGUCACAAAGCUUGUCAGCUCUAUAGGCUCAUACUCGCCAGAGCAGCUGCAGAUUAUAACAAGAUCACAAGUGCUUAAUGGUAAUGAGAAGCCUGGUAAUGUUACUGACGAUGUUGAUUUGAACCUCAUACGAGGUUUGAGAAUGAGAAUAGUCAAGCUAGAGGGCCUUCUCCAUCAACAACAGUACAAUAAUAUAUCAAAUUGGCCAGUCGUCAAGUCGUCUGAUAAAGCAUUCAAUCACAAUAAGGACAGCCUUUUGGUUGAGGAUUUCCAGCGUCGUCGUACGAGCUCCUCUGUCAGCAAUCCUACAAACCUACUUCUGAAAGGAAAUGCUACAAGAACGUCUAGCAGCAACAACAGCGUGAAGGCAAUGGAUGCUUCAACCACCAUUGAUAAGCAUGUGGAUAACAUCAGACUAAGAAAGGAGUUAAAUGAGUUGAAAGUCAAUUAUGAGUCUGCUCAACAAGAAAAUGAGUCACUUCGUAAAGCUCUCGAGGAUGCCCGUUUGGAGUCUCAAGAUAAAGACUUCAAAAUGAGACAAUUGCAACUCGAUUUUGAAGAGAAGAUUGCCAUUUCUGAAAGUGUGAUCAAGGACCUCGGUAACAGGCAUGCUGAGGAGAUCAGAAAUUUGAUGGAUGCAAACGACGCAGAAAAGAAGGAGUCUGAGCAGAAAUACAAGGCAUUGAGCGAGCAGUUUACCGAUCAUGAAUCGAUGGUCAAAGAGAACCAGUCUUUGAAAGAUCGUAUUGCAUCACUCGAGGAGACCUUGGAGGAAAAAUCUCGCAACAUUGACGGCUUGAGUGACUUCAAGAUUAAGUUCGAGACCUUGAAGGACGAGUUUAAUGAACUUCAGGACAUAAAACAGGGACUCCUUUCAAACAUGCAUGCCAAAGAAGCAGAAUAUAUCACCGAGAGAAGUCAACUUGAAUCUGAAAUCAAGGCAUUGAAAGAGAAAUCUGAGGAGAUGACAGAAGAUUACGAGAAUCUUAUGGAAGUUACCCAAACAAAACAUCGCAAACUGGAGGAAGUCAUUGGUAAACUCAAUGCUGUCUGUGCCAAGUUAUUCGAAGUUAUCAGAGAACUCUCACGCAAGAACUUUGACUAUUUCGAAGAGUUCUGUUAUGUUUUGGAAUCUAUGGGAUUGUUACUAGUCAAGGAAGCAGACACGAACACUUCCAAACCGGAAUAUAAGAUAAGAAGAGUGAAAGGCUUGAGAUCAAGGAAAAAUAGCGACGUCAUUGCCGACAACGAGGGAAAUAUAAGCGAGAAGAGAUUCAAAUCCACGGUAGUUGCCGAAAUAGAGGGCACAUUGGACUGGCUAAACAGGUUACCAAUUCCACAUGAGAUUGAUAAAGAAUCUGAAAAUGAUGAGAUAAAAAGCAACGGAUGUGACAUGGAGAAGGAAGAAGUUGACGCUGCGAAGCUUAUUGAAACAUUCCAGGAAUGUUUCGAAAAAGGGACCGAAACGGGGUCGAAAUACGCCGUCUUUAUGAAGCUCAUCUCAUUUAAUCAAGAUAUACAGUUGCAGUUUCAGGAAGGUGAAGACUCUAUCGUGAAUCUGAAGUUCUUCCUCAAUGGUAUAUUUAAACGCUUUAAAGAUGUGGAGGGUUUUGCUAAGAAGUUAGCGAAAGAGAAUAAGGCCAAGAUCCAGGAGUUGAACAAGCUUCUGAGACUGUUAGCUAGCAAGAUAUCGGUCAACGAUUUUCAGAAUGGAGACUUAGUCUUGUUUCUUCCAACACGUGUCGAUAGAGCGGAUGGUAGAGAUAGUACUAGAACUCCAUGGACGGCGUUCAAUAUCGAAGCGCCCAACUAUUUCCUUGAUGAUACCAAGCUCGAAGAGAGUAAUAACCGAGAAUACAUCGUCAGUCGCAUAGGUUCGAUUACGAAGAAGGAGGUGACGGAGGAUAAUUUCAGUGACUCAACUGAAAAUCCAUUUCUGCUUCAUGUUGGCGUGAUAUGGUAUAUGAUACAGGCUGAAUAG